AUGGGUCUUAUUACUGAGACGAGAAAGGCUAUUCAGGAUGCUCCGAAGGGCAUGUUCAAUGCUUAUGUGUUGAUGUGUACGUGUGUGUUUGCGUUUGCUGGUGUGGCUAAGGGGUUUGAUGAAGGAAAUAUCGCAUCGCUUGUUACGCAGCCGCAUUUCAAGGCAAAGUUUGGCAUUGACCAUUUGUCGGAAGAUGAAUAUGCGAAUACGAAAGGAUGGAUUGUCUCUAUUACUACCGCUGGUGCGGUUUUUGGAUGUCUUGGUUGCCCUCGGAUCAACGAUCGAUUCGGUCGACGAUGGACUUUUCGUCUUUCGACGCUCAUAUAUAUCGCAGGAAUUCUCGGUCAAGGACUAUGCAACGGGAACCUGUCAGGGCUUUAUGCUUCGAGGUUUAUCGCGGGCUUGGGAUUGGGCGUGCUUACGAUUGUGCCGCCUAUAUAUAUUUCAGAGAUCGCACCAAAAACAAUUAGAGGUCUUCUUCCACUGCAGCACGCGGCUUGUCAACAGCUAGGCGUUGUAUUCGGCUUCUUCAUCAACUAUGGCGUGACAAAAAGCUACCCUGGUGGUGACAAGCAGUGGAUGCUCCCUACACUGUUGCAACUUCUCCCGGCCACAAUAUGGCUUGUCGGAUCCUUCCUCUGCUGCGAAUCUCCCCGAUGGCUACUCUAUAAAGGCAAAAGGCACGAAGCAGCCACGAACCUCGUCAAACUCCGCCACCUACCCCUCGACCACCCUAUAAUAGUAGCCGAGCUAGCAGGCAUGGACGCCCAACUCCUCCUGGAAACCGAAUCCGUCGGCGAAGCCACCAUAUGGGAGCUCCUAAAAGAGACACUCAUUCCAAUCGAAAAUAGACGUCGCUUCUUCCUCAUCUUCAUGGCAAACCUCUUGUCCCAGUGGUCCGGAGCCAACGCCAUCACGCAAUACUCGCCCACGAUCUUCGGCUACCUGGGCAUAUCCGGGGACGAGUCGACCUUCCUAGCGACAGGGAUCUACGGCGUGGUAAAAUUCGCCAGUACCCUCGCGUUUGCCCUGUUCAUCGUUGACUUCAUCGGCCGUCGUCGAUCACUGAUUACAGGCAUCUCCCUACAAAUAGUCACACUAGUGUACGUGGGAGCAUACCUCGGCGCCACGAAGGACAUGACUGCAAUCCAAAUCAGCAAUACCCCCAGCGCCUCGCGCGCAUCGACUGCAGCGAUAGUGGCUAUUUACAUCCACGCCGUGGCGUGGAGUAUUGGGUGUGAGGCCGUUCGGGUGGAGAGGGAGGAUGCAAAGUUGGGAGUGGAGCAUGUUGAGAGGGCAUGA